AAGUCUGUUGAUGAUUUAUUGAAUUAUUCUCGCUUUGAGGAUGUCGGACGACCCAAAAGAAAAUAUUACUUUCAUAUCUGUUAGCCCAGAUGAACUUUACGAGCAGAUAGAAGAUAAAGAUGAAACGCCAUGUGGAGGCAGCAAAUGCAUAACGGCAAGAUGGUUGAAACCAGUGAAAGUUCAUGAACUGAAAUUCGUGUCCAAAGACGUAUUAGUGAUACAUGUUGGAAAGACGUUAAUAUUUUAUAACGUGAAAACACUAAGAGAAGAUCUAUUAGUAGUGGGCGGUAAUAAAUCGAUUUCGUUUGGCGGCGACAGUCUGCCUUUGGAUGGUAUUGGAUGUGUUGAUUGUUGUGGUAUCGAUUUACUGGCAUUGGCCGAACAGUCACCAAUAGCCAAGGUGAUAAUAUGCCGGUAUCCAGACUUCAAGGUGAUAGCAACUCUUACCGACAACAGUAGCAUCGCAGCGUACAAGUCCAUAUUGUUUCUACGAACAGAAUACUUAAUUGGUCUGCGGGAUUACCCAGCAUUUGAUUUGAUUGUAUGGGCAUGGAGAGUCCAAGAGAAACUAUUUGCCGUCAAUACGGGCUUUAUUCAGCCGGAUCAAUCUAUAAAUCUUUCGGCGAUCGGCCGUGACGUCUACCUGAGUCACACGGAACGCGACGUGAGAUGCAAACUGCAACUGUGGACCGUGUUUAUCGGCUGCAAGACCGUGUAUGCAGAACGGACCCAGGUCAAUUUACCGGACCACAUGGACUUGGAAUCGGGUUGCUGGGCGCUCGGUGGUUGGUUCGUGUUCUGCGAUUCGUCGGCGAACGUCUAUCGUACGCAGCCCGGUUUCGGGAUUUCCGAGAUGUGCGUUGAGCACGUAGGCGGCAUCAGCGGUAAAGGGGAACGACCGUGUCACCCAUUUCUGUGCCCCAGUAAACAGGGAUUCGUUUUGUACGCGGCCGACGAACUGGUGGGUUUCAAAGAAGUCAAAGGCGUUUACACGAAAAUCUGGACGAUUGCUGUAAGCUAUACGUUGCAGAGUGUCGUGCAGGCCGGAGAUUACGAUUUUUACGGCUGGUCGGACGAGGGUAUCUUGUUAGAACUUACUCAGAAAAGAGAACAAGUAUUAAAAGUUUAUGGAACGAACAUCAAAUAUUUUGCGUUUGUCAAGCCUAUGGAUGAAACAGUUGUCACGGUUAACGAGAAAAAUGUUUUGCAAGUGUGGGAUGUUUCGACUGGAGAAUUCAAAAAUGAGAUGAAACUCAAUGGGGUCGUGACAAAUGUGUGUAGUAAUCCAGUUUACAACUAUAUUGCUAUUUCGUUUAAAAACGGCAAAGUAGAAUUGCUGAAAACAGAUCAGAAAGCAAACGUUUUUGAACACAUCGCAAAAUUAGUGUUGUGUGACGAAGAGUUAUCUUCGGUACGGUUUUUCUCUGACGCUAAGGAAUGUAUAGUGACUAGUUUUCCAUCCGGCCGAUUUUAUCACAUCAGCGUUGAAGUGGGGAAAAUGUGUUCGGUCGUAGGAGAAUAUCAUUUGGGAAAGCAGAUUAUCGACAUUGAAAUAUUCGACGAUAAAAAGUUAUCAGUUCUAACGGUUUUGUAUAAAGGAAACCAGAAAACCUCUGAGUUAGUGGCAGGAAAUAAUAUUGUGAUAUUUGAUAAAAAUUUCAAAACUGUUUUCAAAUUGAUCGAUACGCAAUAUUACUACACGACAAUAUUCAAAUGGUUUUCGUUUGAUGUGCCUGACACGAUAAACAUAGCUCUUACCGUGGUGAUGUCGAGAUGUAUUCACUUAAUGACAGUAAAUAUUAUUCAGGAAAGACUAUUGAAGUCAGAAACACUACCGUUGGACCACAACCUGAGAAGUGUGAAAACAUUCGUGGGGGGAAACUAUUGCGUUACAUUUAGUUGCGACGGUACAUAUAGCCUAUACGAAUUCGGCGACGGUGGUCAAUGGAAAAAAAUUGUUACGGUCAAUUGUAGCCACUGGCAAACCGGUGGAUUGAAAGCCGCACAAGUGGACGAUAAUGGGCGUAACAUAUUAACGUUGAGCCAUCAAGGAAACUUCAUGUGUACCGGCUUCAAGAAAACUUGUAAUCACAUUAGAAGAACAGUCCGUCGAGUUGACACACCGAUAACUAUUAUAGGAAAUACUAAAACUGAAGGAAUUGGUUUUGAUGGCGGAUCUGACUCUCUUGAACGAAUGACUUGGACAAUGAUUAAUCAAAAGAGUACAUUGAAUGCCAGAAAAAUUAUACAUAACAAACAAAAAAAUCAAAUAAUCGAAGAGUUUGAAAAGAUAAAAAAUCAACUUCUUACUUUGUUAGAACGGAAUACUAACGGACCAGAAGAUACGAAAAUAAAUAUAGAAGAAUUUGAUUUAAAUGUAGAUUAUAGAUUAUGGUUUAGAGAAAAAUGUAAAGUUGAACGUGACCGGUAUGAAGAAAAAAUCCUCAGUGAUAUAAAUAACAUGAAAAUGGAAACUGAAAAUAUUCUAAAGGAACACUGGGAAUCUUUAUACGUCAAACCAAAAUCUAUACACGUAUAUCUUGCCUAAAAAAAAUUAUACAAAGUAGAUAAUUAUCCAAUUAGUAUAAUAGAUCAAGAAAUAAUAGAAAAAGCAAAUACGAUAAUUAGAAAACGAUUAAUAAUUGAAGAUGAAGAGAAACCAACUGCAGUUAUCAUGGAUGUACAAUAUUCUAAGGAUUUUUUCGAGUUGUCGGACAAUAAUCAAACGACCACUUCAUCGGAAUAUAUUUACAGACAAAGCAAUGACAGUUCAUUGAUGGGUUCAAUAAGUCACAGAUUUGUUAACACUGUCAAGAAUUUGAAUUCUCAGUACAAUUAUUAUAAACUAGACAUGGCUAAAGAUGAAAUAGUUUUGCUUCAAUUUAUGGUCAAUAAAUUAAAACACAACUUCAAUAAACUGUUCGAUGACAUGUUUAUUGAGAAACAACGGCAACUAGAAAACUUGAAGCGAUACAAUGACAGGUUACGUGUGAUCGAAACCGAGUUCAAAUUGGCAUGCAAAAUCGAACUUGCCGAUCCGUCACCGGUGGAUUACAAAUGGGAUCAGUACGAACAGACCGAUAAGCUCAUAUAUGUCGAAAAUAACGAAGUUCCUAUAAAACCGUACCAGAAAUUAUCUGGCGAAAUUAUAUUGACCGACUAUAAUUUGGUUAAAGAAGAGCACGAUGAACAACUGCUGUUACCAUCCAACGAAUUUCGGAAACGGGCGCUGAUUGAUAUGAUGGACGGUGUAUUGGAAAAGAGAUGGGAAGAUGAGCUGAAAAAUGACGUGCCAAUACCUCCAUGCAUGCUGGAAAAAAAACCCGAAGAUUACUCACGAGAAGAUUGCAUAGCUAUAAACGAAUAUGAAAAGGCAGUCGUGGCAUGGAAUGACGAGAGAUUGAAGUAUAAAAAGAUUCUCGAAAAAGAAAAGGCCAAUAUUAAUCAACAAAUCGAGGAGAACGUGAACAAAUUCGAUAAUAACGUAUUCAAUCUUUUUCAAAUUAAGCUCAAGUACAAUGCAGCAAUCAAUCAAGAGUACUUGAAAAUUAUUAGACUUUCGAAAAUGUUAAGCGAUAGUGAUAGACGGAAUCAACAGAUUAAACUGCACAAGGAAACUAAUUUGGAAAUAGAAAAAACCCUCGGGCAGUUGACCAAAAAAAUAGCAAAAACUGAGAACUCUCUCAGUAAUUUGCUUAAUACUAUAGAAAUAUCGAAGCACAAAAACAACAUUCUUAACAAACGUUUUAAAUCUGAGUUCCCCUCUAAACUCAUAUACGAACAAGCAUUAAUCGCUUACAACCGGAGACCUAAAUUGCAAAGCAACAAAAGUUAUUCUUCGUUACUCGGUUAUCAAUUUGUUAAUACCAUAAUGGAUCCCACUGACAAUAAACUGGAUCUUUUGUGGUCGGAGUUCGUUAAAUAUUUGGACACGCUCAGGACGUACGACGAUUAUAAAUACGUAGAUGAUUAUAAGUUGAAUAUGGACCGGGAGAUUUGGCAUAAGGUAUGCAAUUUUAGACGUUUAAAAAUCGAAUCUGAAUUUAAAAUCAGCACAUAUCAAAAAGACGUCGCAGACAAAACUAAUCUAUUAGAUAAUCUGGUAAGAGUUAAAAACGAAAAAGAAACUGUGAUUGAAAAAUAUAAAGAUUCCAUUAUCAGAUUGGAAAAUCAAGAUUUACGUUAUGAAGAUGAUCCGGAGAUUCAACUAGUGGUAACACAAGGGAACACUGAAAUUGAACUUACAGGACAUUUUGACGACUUUGAAAAUACUACACUUAUAGCUAAACACGUUAUUGAUGAAGUGAAUGCUGAAAUCAAAGAAAUGGGCAAAAUCAAAAUUAAUGUUUUAUCUAAUUUACUGAUGUUCAAACGUAAAUACCGAUUGUUAAAAUGGGAACACGAUAUUUUAAAAAAUCAUAAAAUGACAUUGAAUAAGUAUCGUUUUGACGUUAUAACAUCCAUGAAAGUGACUGAGAAUAUGUUACAUUAUCUGAAAUUUAAGACGAAAGGUAUAAACAUUGCUAAACAAGCCGAACAAAAAGUAGAUAAAGAACUAGCGGGAAUCCAAAUUACUUAUUCAAAAAAAAAAAAACAGCUGAAGCGUCAUUUAAAUGAAUUGUGUAAAAAAAUACGGGUCAUAUCAAAAGAAAACAAGAAAACCGACAAAAACAUUGACCAAAUGAAUCUUCAUUUGUCCACAUUGAAAAACAAAAUCGAUCACAGUUUAACCGAUAAAUUAAAACUAGUCAGUGAUUUAAGAACAAAAAAUAUUAUGAAGCGUGCUCAAAUGAUGACCAGCAUACAAGAGUUACACAAUGAAAUUCACGUGUUGCAGACUCAGUUGGAAUUAUUACUUUUGAAAACAUUUCCUACCCUUUACAAUAUUCCGAAAAAUACUAGUAUAAGAAAAUAGUACGAUUAUGGGUGUACUAUAUUAUUAACAAUUAUUACUUGAUUUUAAUAAGUGGUCUUAAUACAAGUAUGUUUAUUUUCAUAGUUAAAAUCCAUAGUGAAUGAAAUACGAAUUUUGUUAACAAUUAUUCGAUUUAUUAACGAAAAAUGUGUAGAGAAUUCUUAACACGUAG